ACUUGAUCCGCAAGGCAAUCGCACGUGUUUGGAAACAAAAAUCGUUCUGGCUCACCGUCGGGUUUUCUCUCCAAACCCAGGGAACCGUUUCUGCCCUCCUCCUCAUGGCGGCGUCCGCCAUGAUUCUCGAUCCGGCGAAGCCCUCCACCUCCGAGCCUCCGCGGAGCUUCCCUGCCUUCCGCACCGACACUCUCCUCUUCGCCGCUGCAUCCGACGAAGACGGCGACCUCUACAGCCGCCUCAAGACUCUCCAGCGCCAGCUUGAGUUCAUCGACAUACAGGAGGAGUACGUUAAGGACGAGCUCAAGAACCUCAAGCGUGAACUCCUCCGCGCCCAGGAGGAGGUCAAGCGGAUCCAGUCCGUUCCCCUUGUCAUCGGCCAGUUCAUGGAGAUGGUCGAUCAGAACAAUGGCAUCGUUGGAUCCACCACCGGGUCGAAUUACUAUGUUCGUAUCCUUAGCACCAUCAACAGGGAGCUUCUCAAGCCCUCAGCUUCCGUUGCGCUCCACCGCCAUUCGAAUUCCCUCGUCGAUGUGCUGCCCCCCGAGGCCGAUUCGAGCAUCUCUCUCCUUAGCCAGUCGGAGAAACCAGACGUAACCUAUAACGAUAUUGGGGGCUGUGACAUUCAGAAGCAGGAAAUUCGAGAAGCCGUUGAGUUGCCAUUGACACAUCAUGAAUUGUAUAAACAAAUUGGCAUAGAUCCACCAAGAGGCGUGCUUCUCUAUGGUCCACCUGGUACAGGCAAAACAAUGCUUGCCAAGGCUGUGGCACACCAUACAACUGCUGCUUUUAUAAGAGUUGUUGGGUCCGAGUUUGUUCAGAAGUAUUUGGGCGAGGGACCAAGGAUGGUGCGGGAUGUUUUUCGUCUUGCUAAAGAAAAUGCACCAGCAAUCAUAUUUAUUGAUGAGGUUGAUGCUAUUGCUACUGCACGCUUUGAUGCACAAACUGGAGCUGACAGGGAAGUUCAGCGUAUCCUCAUGGAAUUAUUGAAUCAGAUGGAUGGGUUUGACCAAACAGUGAAUGUUAAGGUUAUAAUGGCGACUAACCGAGCCGACACUUUAGACCCUGCUCUUAUUCGUCCAGGUAGGCUUGAUCGUAAGAUUGAAUUUCCUUUGCCCGACAGAAGACAGAAGAGACUAGUAUUCCAAGUUUGCACAGCAAAAAUGAAUCUCGGCGACGAAGUGGACUUAGAAGAUUAUGUCUCCCGGCCAGAUAAAAUCAGUGCAGCUGAGAUUUCUGCUAUUUGUCAAGAAGCAGGGAUGCAUGCAGUUAGAAAGAAUCGAUAUGUAAUUCUUCCCAAGGACUUUGAGAAAGGCUACAGGGCGAAUGUGAAGAAGCCAGAUACAGACUUUGACUUUUACAAAUAAAGCGACGCAGUUACCUUGAUGUAACCUUGAAGAUGAGCUUGGUAUUUGGUAAUAUUGUUCUCUUGUUUGCAAACUAGAAUGGUGGAAAUUUAUCUCAUCAACACGAAACUAAUUAGUUCAGUCAAUCUGUAAAAUUUACUUUUACAUGUACCCCAAUUUGACGACAUUUUAGUAACUGAACGUGAGUUUCUACUGCUAAACUGUCUAUUAACGAUUAUAUGAAUCAAGUGUUGCUUCUCAGUUAUCUGUUGAAAGUAUAUAAUUCCGAGUGAAA